CGUUCCCCAGUCCCAGCUCAGCUUCCGCUUUGGGGCUGACUCCCUCAGAAUUCCGGUCCAUGGUACGGUGGACGCUUCUGCGGCUGGCAACUGGCUGGCUAUAUUCAACGUUGUGUCCGGGGCGAUCCUCGACCUGUCAUCGCUGCUCCCAAGCCCGCCAGAUCCUGGACCACAUCUCAUCAUUGGCCGGCAUCUCCCGCUUCCCCCACAGAUCUACACAUGUACUUUGUCAGCCGUUGUCCCGUCCCACCACUCCAACCAAACACCAAGUAGUGCUGAAUCUCUCCCUGGUCGCCAGCGGUUGGGCCGUGUGCCGCCCCCUGGUCCAGUGCCAAGGUGCUGUCAGUGGCCCGUUAACCCCGAGAACCACUCUAUACAGUGGAGUCAUAGUGCAUAUAUAGUGGAGCACUAACCACUCUUGUCCACUGGGCCACCUCUUUUCCGUCUCAUCUCAACGAUCUCCAUCUCCUCCUGCCAAAAAUCGAAAGGGUGUUGUCGAUCCUCUUUGCAUGAUCUGAUGACUCCAUGAUCGGAUCUUUUUUCUCAUUCUUGCCCCACCGGGCCCACCACCGCCAAAUCCAUGACGGACAGAACCUGAUCGACGUUCCUGGAUAUGGUCCAAGCAUGGUAAAAGCCUCUCCAGCGAAGCUAGCACCUGUCAACUGAUUUUCCAGAUGUUACCUAUGGCCAAGGUUUGUUGGGAUCCCGGCCACCCGCGGUCGAAAAAGAACAAAAGAGCGAGAGAAAAAACAGGGCAGCGGGAGAAAUGGGUGAAGGGGGCAGGCGGGAGCUGGAAGAGGCCAGAGAACGAGGUGGUCGAAAAAAAAAGAGGAAAUGAGGCAAUCGAUACCCAGUCUAUAACUGAUGUAGUUUUCUUCAACUCAGGUCCCACCUUGGCCUUCCGAGACAUGAUCGAUCAAUGUUCAGUGAGACCUGCAGUCUGAACUCAUGGUAACUGAAAUCAAUACCUGAAGCCUUGAGUGAUCAGCAACAAACAGUUUGUCCCACAAGAUUCAGUGAUACUUUACCGAGUACCUCAUUAUACCUUUGAAUUUCCCUCCUCUUCAUCCACGCAAUUCUUCGAUCAUCAUGAACCCCACCGGCAACAUCAUCGACAUGAACAUGGACUGGGCCGCGUACCUGACUGGUGUGGCACCAUGCCGCUUUCCGCCCUUUAGCCGCUCAGCAAAGAGCGAGACUGCGCCCAACCGCCAGCCAAUUGCAUCGACAACCCGGGUGCCUGUCGAGCAGGAGGAUCGCGAGAAGCUACUAGAGCUGUCUAGAGCCGAAGACCGGGACGGGCUCGGUGCUCUGCUCCGAACGGCCUGGGCUGUGCUCCUGCGCUGCUACACAGGGCAGGACGACGUGGCGUUUGGAUUUCAAGGUGACACACCUCAUCCCGUCGUUGCACGGUUCUGCCUUGAUGAUGCCGCGUCCGUCUCCGUGACCGUGGAACGUGCCAAGGCCGACUUUGCCAAGCAUCUGCCCCCGGUCCCGGCCGAGCUGAUCCGCGCCGGCGAUCACCCGCUGUUUGACACUUCCGUAGUGUUGUGGGGCCUACCCAGGUCUUCGGCACCGCGUCGGGUUAUGCCUCUGCAGCAGCAACCACAACAACACAAGCUCCGCCUCCUUGUCAAAGGCGGGGAGUCAAGUUUGAAUCUGUUCCUAGAGUGGAACAGUACGCUCUUGGGCAUGCCCAUGGCACAGGGCAACCUCAUCGCCAGCACCUAUGCCAAGAUCCUAUCGGCUCUUCUAGCGAGCCCUUUGGAUGCCACACUAGGUACGCUGCCCGUUCUGAGCCGGGCCAACGAAGACCAAGUACAGUUGUGGAACAACGAUGUGGUGAUCGACCCAGUGGACCGGUGUGUGCAUCAUGUCAUUGCCGACCAGGUGCUGGAUCGUCCGGAUGCAGAGGCCAUCUGCGCGUGGGACGGCUCGCUCACCUAUCGUGAACUCGACGCUGUGUCAGGUCGGCUGGCUGCACGCCUUGUUGGGUUGGGCGCAGGACCCGAAGUCCUGAUCCCACUUUGCUUCGAGAAAUCGAAAUGGACAGUAAUUGCCAUGGUUGCAGUCCUGAAGGCCGGUGCAGCCUUCGUUCCUUUGGACCCCUCUCAUCCCGUAGAGCGACUUCGGAGUCUCUGUGAUUCGGUGGGAGCAGACAUAGUCCUCUGCGCUCGUCAACUCGUGCCAACUCUUACUCAGGUGGGGCUGGAGACAGUACUGCCUGUGGAUGACCAGACUCUUGCGGAAUGCCCCGAGUUGCCGUCUGAUCAGCCUGGUCACUCUGUCAUGACCAAUGUGUCUAGCAGCAAUGUUGCCUAUGUCAUCUUCACAUCUGGCUCUACCGGCAAGCCCAAGGGUACCGUUAUCGAGCACCGAUCCUUCUGUUCCAGUGCCAGAUCUCAUGCUCCGGCACUUCGAAUCGAUGGCACCUGUCGAGUGUUGCAAUUCGCAGCACAUACAUUUGAUGCUAGUCUGGUGGAGAUCCUGACACCACUCAUGGUUGGAGCAUGUGUUUGCAUUCCCAACGAACAAGACCGGCUGAACGACCUCGCCGGGGCCAUGAGCCGGUUGCGAGUUGAUCAUGCCGUUUUGACACCAUCCUUUGUCGGUUUCCUUACCCCUGCUACCGUCCCUCAGCUUCGUAGGCUAGUUCUUGCUGGUGAGGCCAUGUCACCUACGCACGUCACAACGUGGUCUCACAUCGAGCUCGUCAAUGGCUACGGUCCGGCCGAGAGCUCCGUCGCUGCUGUUGUCAACCCUCGCGUCGGCCCUGCCACCGAGGCCACUGAUAUUGGCAUGCCUUGCGGUGUUCGUUGCUGGCUUGUCGACCCCACCGACCACACCCGUUUGGUGCCUGUCGGCUGUGUCGGUGAACUGCUCUUGGAGGGCCCGAGUUUGGCUCGAGGCUAUCUCAACGAGCCGACCAAGACUGAGGACAGCUUUGUCUGGAUGCAUGGUCGACGCUUCUACAAGACGGGCGACCUUGCGAGAUACAACUCGCCCAAGGGCUCUUUGAGCUAUGUCGGUCGCAAAGACACACAGAUCAAGUUCCACGGCCAACGUAUCGAACUGGGAGAGAUCGAACACCACAUGGCCGUCGAUGAAAGCGUGAAGCAUGCCCUAGUCCUCUUGCCCAAGCAGGGGCCAUUGGCCAAGCGCCUGAUUGCUGUUCUUUCCCUUCCGGACUCUGUCGGGUCUACCACCACCAGCUCCACUGGUACUUCAGUGUUGAGGCUGACUGAGAACUCUACCCUGACUGAGCCUAUUCUUCAGGGCAUCCGUGAGCGACUGGGCACCCGCCUCCCAGCUUACAUGGUGCCCUCCACUUGGCUAUGCGUCGAUGAAAUUCCGAUGUUAUCGUCGCGAAAGAUGGACCGCAAGACCGUGUCGACCUGGGUUGAAUCAACCCUCACCAACGACCAGUGCCAGCAAAUUAUCAUCAGACAACAGGUUGCGUCCAACACCGACUCUGUCGAUGCUGACGGCAAGGGUCCCGACAAUACCCCUAGCGAUGCCAAUCUCACAGACGCCGAGUCCAAGCUCCGUGGUAUCUGGAGUUUGGUGCUGAAUCUUCCUGCUGAUCAGAUUGAUGUCGACAACCGGAGCUUCCUCAGCCUUGGUGGCGAUUCCAUCACUGCGAUGGCGUGUGCAAGUCAGGCCAAGAAGGCAAACAUGGGACUGUUGGUGCAAGACAUACUCCGUGCCAAGUCUCUGAGACGACUGGCCGAGUGUGUCAGAGUCCUUGCAGAGCCGGAAGGACAUGAGGCUGAAGACAAAGAAGAGGAACUAGCUCUUAACAAGCGGUUUCCGCUCUCACCCAUUCAGCAGUACCACUUUCAGGCUCGCCGGCAAGCCGAGGGCGAUGAGCACUUCAAUCAGAGCUUCUGCCUCCGACUUGCGCGGCCCCUCGAUGAGGUUGUGGUACGGAAUGCCCUCAGAACUGUAGUUCAUCGGCAUCACAUGCUGAGGGCGCGCUUCGAACAAAGCCCGGAGACUGGCGAGUGGCAACAGUACAUCACCGCUGAUGUGGAGGGCUCUUACCGCCUUCGCAUGCAUAGCAGGAUCUUAAUUGCUGGUGAAGCCGAUGCAAGCAUUGCUAGCGCCCAAGGUUGCCUCAAUGUCCGUCAAGGUCCACUCAUCGCAGCCGAGUUGUUUGUAGCUCAAGGUCGCGAUGAUGGACACCAGGUACUCUUCAUGACAGCACAUCACCUAGUCAUUGAUCUGGUGUCUUGGAGAGUGGUACUAGAGGAGGUAGAGGAGAUUUUGGACAACAAGCCCUCCGUUAUCCACAGAUCCCUCCCAUUCAGAAAGUGGAGUGCUCUUCAAGCAAGCGACUGUCAAGUCAAGGAUCUUGACAAGCUGCUCCCGGGAUCCGAUCAGGUCCCUCCAGCACGCUUCGAGUAUUGGGGUAUGCAAGAGCGCCCAAACUUGUACGGUGAUGUGGCCUGUGAGGGCUUCGAGCUUGAUCCAAAUACAACGGGCCUUCUGCUGUCAGAUCAGUGUCAAGCACCUCUUCGAACAGAGACAGUGGAGCUUCUCCUGGCAGCCCUUCUCUGGUCCUUCCGCACAGUCUUCACAGACCGCCCCAUGCCAGCCAUCUUUAAUGAGGGACACGGCCGUGAGCCUCCCCGACCAGAGAUUGACAUCUCUCGUACUGUUGGCUGGUUUACCACGCUAUUUCCCGUGGCCUUGUCACGGCCCAACAGCUUCGUGGAUGCCCUUAUCCAAACAAAGGACUCUCGGCGCAAGGUGCCGGGCAACGGUCGUCCCUAUUUUGCGGCACGAUUCCACACCAACGGUGGACGUGAGCGAUGGGCUACUCACCACAAGGACAUGGAAAUCUCGUUCAACUUCCUGGGUCGAUACCAGCAGCUCGAGCGUGUUGGUGCUUUGUUCCAGCCUGCCUCGGGUGCCCUCAUGGCCGGUGAAGCACAUCCAGGCAGCCCAACAGCUGACUUUGGCCACAUGGCUCUUCGAUUCUCCCUCUUCGAAAUCUCGGCCGUCAUAGUGCGCGGUGCUCUGCGAUUCGGCUUUGCUUGGAACCGCCAUAUGCUCCACCAGUCGUUGAUCCACGAUUGGGUUGCUGCCUGUCGCCAGACCUUGAUCGAUGCCACAAGGGCCCUUUCCUCGCUCAGAUAUCGCCUCACGGCUAGCGAUCUUGCGCUUAUCCCCGAGCUGAAGCCCGCCGACCUUGCUACCUUUGAGGAAAGUCGCCUCCCCGGACUGACAGGAGGUCGAGGAUGGGAAGCUGUCGAGGACAUCUAUCCGGCCUCACCCAUCCAGCAAGGUCUCUUGAUGAGUCGAACCAAAGACGGAGACUUCUAUGCUGUCCGGCGAGUGCUCCGCUUCAAGCCGCAUGCAGACUUUCCCUUGAGCGCGGAUAGGCUUGUGCAAGCCUGGAAGGGUGUUGUGCAACAUCAUGCGCUGCUUCGAACCGUCUUCGUUGACGCGAUCAGCUCUGUGCGGGCUGGCGGCUAUGACCAGGUGGUGCUCAAGGAUGUCGAGCCUUCGAUACAGCUGCGGGAAUGUCUGAAUGACAACGAGAUGCUGGCAAUGGCCAAAAGCCUGCAGCCCAUGAAGUACCAAGAUAAUAAUGCCACCCAGCACCGCUUCUCAGUCUUCCAUACCGCCGAACCCAGCAAUGGCAUCAUCUGUGUUUUGGAGAUGAGUCACACGGUGAUGGAUGGUGCAUCCAUGGACCUUUUGCUCCGCGACCUUGGCCGUAGCUACGAAGGAACUCUGAAUGGGUUCCCGAAGCCACUCUUCAGCCCUUUUGUUUUCAGCCUUCAGCAGCGUAAUUUGGAUGAAGACGUGGCUUUCUGGAAACAUCAUCUCGAAGGUGCCGAGCCCUGCCACUUUCCAGUUUUAACCGAUGGUCUCGUCAUCCCGGACCACCAGAAGGAGCUUCGUUCGCUUCGCAUCUCAUUCCCUGAGCUCAGCUCCUUGCGAUCAUUUUGCCAAGAGACUGGAGUCACUCUGCCAAACGCUUUCCAUGCCGCAUGGGCAGUUACGCUGGCCCGUUAUACCGGCACCGAUGAUGUUUGUUUCGGUUAUCUUAUUUCCGGCCGUGACGGCGAGCACGUCGAGGGCUCGGAAGACGCAGUCGGGCCUUUCAUCAACAUGGCCACUCAGAGAGUGAAACUUGAGUCAUCUGACGAUGCCCCUAUGUCUUUGAUGAGCCUUCUUGAAGCAGUGCAAAAGGAGCAGCUUGAAAGCAUGCCAUACUCUCAGGCAUCUCUGGCUGAAGUUCAGCAUGCUCUGCAUCUUCCCGGUGGGAUGGCACUGUUCAAUACGUGCAUCUCGUAUCGCCGACUUCUCCAACACAGAGCCGAGACCAAGCCAGGAUCGCUUGUUUGGGAGGAUGUAGAAGCUAUCCAUGACCCUACAGAGUAUCCAAUUUCGGUCAAUGUCGAGGUUGACGAUGAUGGCUGGGCUGCCAUUGACAUUGACUACUGGACAGACUCGGUCAUCGACGCCCAGGCGCAGAAUGUGGCUGCAACCUUCCUCCAAGUUUUGGCCAACAUCGUCAAGCACGCAGAACAGCCCAUCUCGCAGCUCGAUUUCGUCCACGACACUAGCAAGGAGCUCAUUUGGGCAUGGAACAAGAACAUGCCACCAAACACAGCGGAAUGUGUGCACCGCAUGGUGGAGAAACAAGUUGCUCUUCGACCCAAUUCACCAGCCGUUCGCGGAUGGGAUGGUGACUUCACCUAUCAGGAAAUGAACACUCUGGCCAAUCGCCUUGCUGAGCAUCUUCGAGGCUUUGGUGUCGGGCCAGAAGUUUUGGUGCCUGUCUGCUUUGAUAAGUCAUCGUGGACCGUCAUUGCCAUGCUUGCCGUCUUGAAAGCAGGCGGAGGCGUUGUUCCCCUCGACGCUACUCACCCCACCAAUGCAUUGGAGGGCAAGGUCCUUGACGCGGGUGCCAUCAUCGUCGUUGCUUCAGAGACACGUGCCUCCAUGUUUGAGACGAUGGUACCGUACGUGGUGGCGGUAGGAGCAGAGAUGAUGCAGAGUCUCGAGGAUCUUGUUGUCGAAGACGACCACACCGAGUCCUCACCAGAAGAUGCAGCAUUUGUUAUGUUUACUUCCGGCAGCACCGGAAAACCGAAGGGUGUAAUUCUUUGUCAUCAAGCGCUCGUCUCCAGCGCCCUCGCACAUGGAUCAGCGCUAGGUUUGGGGCCACAUACACGUUUCCUGCAGUUUGCAGCUCACACUUUCGACAACAGUCUGGAAGAGAUGUUCACCAACCUCAUCCAUGGUGGCUGCGUUUGCGUUCCUUCGGAAGAAGACAGACUCGGGGACCUCCCGGGCGCCAUCAGGAGGCUUGAUGCCAACUUUAUGGAUCUGACGCCCACCGUGGCGGCAUUGCUCCGGCCCGAGCAGGUGCCGAGCAUUCGUGGUAUGGCUGUUGGAGGGGAGGCUCUGACACAGGAGGUUCUCAAUAUCUGGGGCGGCGCGAUCCCUGUGCACAAUCAGUACGGGCCCAGUGAAUGCUCUAUCAACUCGACACACCGUCUCCACAUUGACGCCAAUGGUGAUGUUGCGAAUAUUGGCACCAGCGUUGGCAGCGUUUCGUGGGUGGUGGACCCUCGCGACCACAAUCGAUUGGUACCCAUUGGCUGCGCUGGCGAGUUAUUGAUUGAGGGGCCCAUCCUGGCCAGAGGUUAUCUCGAGAUGCCCGUCGAAACGGCGAGGGUGUUUGUGGAGAUGCCUCACUGGGCUGCCCUGGACCCGUAUCACUCAGAGAGAGGCGCCAGGAGGAUGUACAAGACGGGAGACUUGGUAAGGUAUAACUCGGAUGGCUCGCUAAUUUAUUUAGGUCGAAAGGAUACCCAGGUCAAGCUGCACGGGCAGCGUAUCGAACUCGGCGAAAUCGAACACCAUGUGAAGGCGUGCCUUCCAGAAACCUCCCAAUCCUCUGUCGAGCUCAUUUCAGUCGGACAAUCUCAGAAGGCUCUUGGCGCCUUCAUCUGUCUGACCCAGGAGGAUCAGUCAGAUGAAAAGAUUGCUAUUUUCCCCAUGACCGCCCCUUUCCGAUCCCUUGCCCAGACCAUUGUCGACUCCAUCUCCACCAAGAUGGCCGCUUAUAUGGUACCAUCUGUUUUCAUCCCCGUCACCAAGAUGCCCCUGACGUCCUCUGGAAAACUCGACCGAAAACGACUACGCAACAUGGCACAGGCGCAGUUCGAGAAACUCGACAAAGACGACCCCAACGGUAUCACGGCCUACCGACUCGGGGCGAAGAAGAGUGGUGGGCGGGCUCCUGAAACCGCCAUGGAAAAGGAACUUCAGCAGCUGUGGUCGACCGUUCUCAAUGUUGAUCUUGAAGCCAUUGGCGCCGACGACAGUUUCUUCCGUCACGGUGGUGACUCGGUCGGAGCUAUGCGUCUCGCAGCGGCUGCACGACAGAGGGGUCUCGUUCUCGCGGUUGCCACCAUAUUCCAAACCCCAAAGCUCUCUGAAAUGGCGAAGGAUAUGAAGACAAGUGAGUCUCACAAGUUCGGAUCGUUGAACGAGGCAGUCAACAACGAAAGCACUGUCGAUUAUCUGCCCGGGCCAACCAAGGCGUUCAGCCUCAUUGCCUCAAAGGCUCCGCAGGACAUUGAGGCUUUGCGCCAACAAGUAGCCUCGUUAUGUCGGGUCAGUCCUGAAGUCGUGGAGGAUAUCUACCCCUGCACGCCACUCCAAGCAGGCCUUGUCGCAGCUUCACAAAGACAGCCCGGAGCAUACGUUGCUGUCAAUGCAUACAAGCUGCCAGCCGGGACAAACUUGGAGCAAUUCAAGCAAGCGUGGGCAAAGGUCGUUGCGUCCGAGUCCAUCCUCCGUACAAGAGUUGUCUUUAUAGAAGAUCUCGGCUUCUUGCAGGUUGUUGUUCAAAGCCCAAUCUCCUGGACCACUCUGAAGGACAUCAAUAACCUCCCCGAAACCUCCCGCCACCUACCACCACACGAUGGCGGUAUCCUGUCUCGCUACGCCAUCGCGGGAGAGGAAACCGAUUCCCCGACUUUUGUAUGGACCGCUCACCAUGCCCUGUAUGAUGGAUGGAGCUUGCCAACGUUGUUGGGCCGCGUCGAGCAUCAGUACCACCACCCCGAGGCCCCUCUGGCGCCAGUGCCAAACUAUUCACGCUUCGUCGAAUACCUGUCCAACAGCGAUACGGUCACCUCGGAUGCGUUUUGGAUCGAAGCUCUCUCCGGUUCUGCAGCUCAGCAAUUCCCUUCACUGCCACGCCCGGGUUACGACGUAAAAGCCACCAGCCAAGCGCGGCGAUCAGUGCGGUUCACCCGUCCAAAAGAGACCGAGGUGACAAUGGCGUCUCUGUUACGAGCAGCAUGGGCGGUUGUGGUGUCCAUCUACUCUUCGUCAGAGGAUGUCACAUUCGGUGAAGUGUUGAACGGACGUGAUGUUCCUGUGGCUGGCAUUGAAGACCUCGUGGGCCCAACCUUGACAUCAGUUCCCAGGCGCAUCCGCAUCGACCGAUCGCUCAGCGUGCAAGAAAUGCUGCUUGAGGUCCAAAGACAACUGAACGGUGCCAUCCCCCACCAGUUUGCCGGACUGCAGCGGAUCCGAACACUCAGUCCAACUGCUGCUGCUGCAUGCGACUUCCAAAACCUCCUUGUUAUCGACACAGCUGAAGAGGUGGCGGAAGAUAGCCUCUGGAACAACCUUGCCGGCGGAGGGUCGAAGCAAGGUGCGGACUUCUUUAGUUAUCCGCUCAACGUGACGUGUACUGUCGGCUCUGGGGGUGCUUCAAACGAUAGCACCAUCGAGUUGUGUGCUUAUUUCGAUGCUGGCAUCUUGGCCGAGUGGCAGGUGGUCCGGAUGCUGGGCCAGUUUGGAACUGUGCUGGAGCGACUGUCUUCGAUAGACAAUCAGACAACAAGAAUCGGGGAGAUCGAUCUGAUGGGUGCUGAAGAUAAGGAAAGGGUACGGGAGUGGAAUCAGACUCCGAGUCCGGUUGUGGAUCGUCGCGUGCAUGACAUGGUGCUCGAGGAACUGAUUCGGCGGGGUAGCGGAUCGACAGCCGUGGUAGGAUGGGAUGGAACCUUGUCGAAUGGAGAUCUCGACGCGCUCUCGGCGGUGCUGGCAAGGGAGCUAUCGUCAAAGGGAGUCGGGCGUGGUGACGGCACUCGCUUCGUUCCCUUCUGUCUCGAGAAGUCGGUGUUUGCCGUGGUUGCACUGCUGGCCAUCCUCAGGACAGGAGCAGCCUUUGUGCCACUGGACCCAGCCCACCCAGUCGAGCGCAUGAGGGAGAUUGCAAGAGACUGCGACGCCAAACUUAUUCUGUGCUCCCCGCAGUUUGAGAGCACCUGCCUCCAGGUUGUCGACACCAUCGUUCCUGCCGAUCUGGCUAGUGUCAAGAGGCUGCUCGCAGCCACCACGGAAAGUGUUACUGAUCAAGGACAGCUUCAGCUCCAUGAUGUCUCUGUCCCAACCGACCCGGCCUAUGUCAUCUUCACCUCGGGCACAACGGGCAAGCCCAAGGGCACCCUCAUUUCCCAUGCCGCCUUCUGCUCAGGUGCCGCUGCCCAUGGACCAGCCAUGCUCAUGAACCCUCCCUUCCGCUUCCUCCAGUUUGCAUCUUACACCUUCGAUGCCUCGAUGGUUGAGAUCUUCACCACUCUCAUCAUGGGUGGUAGUGUGGCCGUUCCUCGUGGGGAAGACCGCACCAACGGCAACAUUGCCUCUGUCAUGGAACAGAUGGAAGUGACCAUGACCUUGCUCACUCCCUCCUUUGCCCGUGUCCUGAAGCCCAGUGAUGUCCCUCACCUCAAGACACUGAUCCUGGGUGGUGAGGCCAUGACGCAAAGCCAUAUUGACACCUGGGCUGACAAGGUCAACUUGGUCAACGCCUACGGCCCGAGCGAGUGUGCCGUGGUGGCUACUGUGAAUCCCCGCAUGCACCGCGCAGCCAUCCCGUCCAAUCUCGGAAGAGGAAUUGGUCGUUGCUGGAUUGUUGACCCCCAGAACCAUAAUCGCCUCGCACCACUUGGAUCCGUUGGUGAGCUGCUCAUCGAGGGUCCCACACUGUCGACCGGUUAUUUGAGAAACGAGGCCAAGACCAAGGAGGUGUUUAUCCAAGAUCCUCAAUGGGCCAAGGCGGAGUCUCUGCGCUUCCCAGACAUGCCACCAUCUUCUCCGCGCCGCAUGUACAAGACCGGAGACCUUGUUCGCGUGUGCGACGAUGUGUCUGGCGAGAUGUUUUACAUGGGACGCAAGGACUCGUCUCAAGCCAAGCUCAACGGCCAGCGCCUGGAGUUGGACGAGAUUACUCACCAUCUAGCUGCUGAUGAUGGCAUCCGACAUGCUGUGGUCACCAUCCCCAAAACAGGUGCAUGUGCCAACAGACUUGUUGCUGUUGUUUCUCUUCGAUCAGCUCCCCAGGAGGCUGUGGACCCGACUAUCAAGUUCCAUAUGGUGACGUCCAGGCAGGCGUGCGACGCCGUCAAGCAAUCAGAAGACCGAUUACGACAGAAGCUGCCACCGUACAUGGUGCCUUCAACAUGGCUUGUCCUUCAAGAAAUACCGCUUCUGCCGUCUGGAAAACUUGACCGCACCAGUGUCGUCCGGUUUGUGGAAAAUAUUGACGAGGAGACUCUGGACACAAUCAACCGCGCCCUCUCGUCUGCUGUCGACUCAGUUCACCAAGGUCACUCUGCCACACAGGAUGAUGUUGUUUCUGUGGAAGAGAAGCUCAAGUCUGUCUGGAGCCAGGUGCUCAAUAUCACACCAGACAGAGUUGGACGCAAUGUCUCCUUCCUGCACCUUGGAGGUGACAGCAUCACCGCAAUGCAAGUCAUGGCUCGCUGUAGAUCACUGGGCCUCACUGUCACUGUGCGGGACAUCAUCAGCAGCAAAUCGGUCCAUGACCUCGCCCUGAAGGUUGACGCCCCUCGCCAUCAACGACAAGGCCCGAAGGCUGACGGCGAGGACCAACACGACUUUGACCCAUCACCGAUCCAACAGCUGUACUUCGAACAGCUGAUGGGUGGCAAUACCCCAUCUGCUGGAUCUCGGAACUUCCACCAGUUCAACCAAAGUGUUCUGCUGAGGCUCGCAAAGCACGCUACCGCUCAUGAUCUUGAGCGUGCCAUCCAGGCCUUGAUCACGACACAUUCGAUGCUCCGCGCUCGGUUCCGUCGCGGGGGCACGGGACACUGGCGGCAGCGCAUCACAACUGAUGUCAGGGGCUCAUAUCGUUUCAAGACACACGCCAUUAGCGACCAAAGUCGAAUCGAGAAACGUGUUCAGAAUUCUCAAAAGGUGCUCGAUAUCCAAAACGGCCCCUUGUUGGCAGCAGACUGGCUCACGGUCGGCAAAAGCGACAAAGAUGUGUUCGUCUUCAUCACGAUCCACCAUCUCGUGGUCGACGUUGUCUCGUGGGGCAUCAUUCUCCAGGACCUGGAAGACUUCCUGGCCACUGGGAAAAUCAAGGCCCCUGCGUCACUGUCUUUCCAGACAUGGAGCCGUAAGCAGUCUGAGCAGGCCCAGUCGCAAAAGAAUGGCUCCUCGUUGCUUCCGCACCACGAGCCUGCAGCCGAGGACCUGCAGUACUGGGGGAUGAUUGGUACCUCGAACGUUCAAGGCGAUGUUGUUGAGGGUGCUAUUGUUGAGUUGGACGCAGACACAACUAAUCUGCUGCUUGGGCCGGAUUGCCACAAGCCCCUCCAAACUGAGCUGGUUGACGUUUUGCUUGCAGCCUUGUUGGUUUCAUACCGCAGCGCAACACCCGACCGGCAAGGUGCACCCACGAUUUAUAAUGAAGGACACGGACGUGAGACGGGGGAUGACACAGUUGAUCUAUCAAGAACUGUUGGAUGGUUCACAACUCUAUCGCCAGUGCACCUGCCAGAAGAGUCUUCCUUGGAUGGAGAUAUCGUCAACGCGAUUCGCUGGAUCAAAGACUAUCGACGUCGUUUGCCCGAGAAGGGUCGCCCAUAUUUUGCUUACCGCAUGCUCACCUCGGAAGGCCGCGAAAAGUACGGUCACCAGUGGCCCGUAGAAGUGGCCUUCAACUACCUCGGGCAGAUGCAGCAGCUCAGCCGUACUGACAACUUCCUGCAAACCUGCGAUCAUCUCUCAGUGAACUCGGAAUUUGAUAUCGGGAAAGACGUUCCCCGCUUGGCACUCAUUGAUGUGUCUGCAGUUGUCUCAGCAGGGCGUUUGAGGCUGUCGUUCUCGAUCAACAAACACAUGAAACGCCGGGAUGCCAUCAACACGUGGGCGAAGAACUGCCAAGGUCUUCUUCGAGAGGCCGCCGAAAGAUUGAUGGAUCGUGCACCCGAGAAAACUCUCAGCGCAUUCCCACUGUUGCCCCUAACCUACUACGGCCUGGAAAGUCUCAACGAGAGACUGCGGUCUAUCGAGGUCAACCCCAGCAACGUUGAGGACGUCUACCCCUGUUCGCCGAUGCAGCGCGGCCUGUUGUUGAGUCAGCUUCGUGACCCCGAAAAGUAUGCCUACAGCGCCGUUUUUGAGGUUCAGUCUUCCGCGGGAGAGGUCAACCCGGAACGGCUGCACGAUGCUUGGCAAGUUGUUGUCCAACGCCACGCAACUCUCCGGACGGUGUUUGUGGAUACUGUCGGUGAUGAGGGUUUGAUGGACCAGGUCGUAUUGCGCGAGUUCCCCGGCAGGGUUUAUACCAUGACCUGCGAGGACGCUGGUCAAGACGCUGACAAGGCCAUUGUUUUCUGUCUGGAGCAGAUUCAGGGCAUCGACUACAACGAAAAGAAGCCAUCGCACCGCCUCAUAAUCUGCAACACGGCUACUGGACGGACCUUUUGCAGACUCGAGAUCAGCCAUGCGAUCUGCGACGGUUCUUCGAUACCAAUACUGCUCGAUGACCUGGCGGAUGCUUACGGUAAUGGGGACGAUUCAAAACCCAUCAAGAUCCAAAAGUCUGCACCGCUUUAUCGCGAUUACAUGGCCUACAUCCAGUCUCAACCUCGUGCCGACAGCGUUGCUUACUGGAAGAACUAUCUCGACGGCGUUGAGCCUUGUCUGUUUCCCGCUCUCUCGGACGGCCACGCUCAUACAGAGCCAUCACUUGGGUCUCACAUCAUAUGCUUUGACCGCCAUGUCAUGGGUGAAGUCAACACAUACUGUGCUGACUCAGGAAUCACACUCUCGACAUUGCUUCAAUUUGUAUGGGCCAUGGUUGUGCGAUCCUACACGGGUUCGGAUGAUGUCCUCUUUGGCUACUUGGCAUCUGGAAGAGACCUCCCUGUGGCCAACAUCGAGCAUGCUGUUGGCGCCUUCAUCAAUAUGCUUGUGUGUCGUGUCCACAUUCCCUCUGAUGCCGAAAUUGCUGAAGCUUUAGACACCAUCAAGGGUGACCUCGCGGAUGCCAUGGCACACCAGAGCUGCUCCCUUGCCGAAAUGCAGCAUGAACUGCGACUCGCCGGCUCAGCCCUUUUCAACACGGCUUUUACCUACCAGAAGCGAGGCCGUGCGCAGUCUUCUCCUUCGCAGUCCGAUCUCCGGUACCGCGUCGUGAGUUCGGAAGACCCAAGCGAAUAUGUUGUGGCCGUCAACGUCGAGGCCACGGACGACAAGGUCGAGGUUCACUUCAGCCACUGGAGAAAUAUCAUUUCGGACGCUCAGAUCAGAAACGUUGCCAACGCCUUCCAGCAGACUCUGUGCGAUAUCGUCACAGAUAAAGGGGAUGACUGCACUGUGGCUGAGAUUGACAUGGUCGGCCCAGCCGGGCUCGGCCAGAUCUGGUCGUGGAACAACUAUGAGCUACCGUGUGUAGAGCGGUGUGUACACGAAAUCAUAUCGGAGCACGCUCUUCAACGUCCUUUAGACACCCCUGCUGUUUGUGGGUGGGAUGCAUCCUUCACCUAUGUCGAACUCGAGGCUGCAGCAUCAGCCUUGGCCCGCCAUCUCGUUGAAUGGGGACAUGUUGGCCCAGAUACCUUCGUGCCGCUCUGUUUCGAGAAAUCUGCCUGGACUGUUGUGGCUCAAAUUGCCGUUCUCAAGGCUGGCGGUGCGUUUGUGAAUCUGGAUCCCAGUCACCCAAGCGGCCGGCUCGAGCAGCUCAUCCAGGAUGUCGGGGCUCAAAUCGUCCUCUGCUCCCCUCUGCAUCAGCAUAAGAUGGCCAAGAUUGCACCAAAGACCCUCAUCGUCAAUGCCGAUUCCAUCACUACUUUCUCUCAGGAGCGGUCAGGGGCAACUUCUUUCCCAGCGAGGCCAACCAACGCCGCCUAUGUCAUUUUCACAUCCGGCACGACGGGCAAACCAAAGGGCACAGUGAUUGAUCAUGGAGCAUUCUGUACAGGGGCUCUCGCUCAUGCUCGUGCCAUGUUCAUGCACUCGGACUCGCGCGUCCUUCAGUUUGCUUCCUACACAUUUGAUGCAAGUGUCAUGGAAACACUUUCUUGCCUGCUCGUUGGCGGUUGCGUGUGUGUCCCGUCAGAUGAGGCCAGGAUCAAUGAUCUUGCAGCUGUGAUCCGUGACAUGAACAUCACCUGGACCUUGCUCACGCCAUCAGUGGCGAGCACCGUCAAGCCAGAAAGUGUUCCUUGCCUAAGGACACUUGUCACGGGAGGCGAAGCGAUGGCAGCGGGUCACAUUGAGCGCUGGGGUACCCAAUGCGCACUGGUCAACGCCUACGGUCCUACAGAGUGCUCAGUGGUGGCCACUACCAGCACCAAAGUCAAUGAGUCGCAUCGCGUAUGCAAUGCCGAUCGGUCCAGUAUUGGCAGUGCGGUAGGUGGUCGUGUCUGGGUUGUGGACCCCCAAAACAUCCACCGCCUGGUGCCUGUGGGUGCCAUUGGUGAGCUUGUGGUUGAGGGAAGACUGGUCGCUCGAGGCUAUCUCAACAACAAAGAGCAGACAGACAAGGCGUUCAUCCGAUCACCCCCCGAAUGGAUGAGCCACCCGGUCCUUGAAGGCAUCGAACAGACCUAUCCACCAGGUCUCACUGUUGGUAUCUACAAGACCGGCGAUCUCGUGCGAUGCAACUCGGACGGAUCCAUCUCCUACGUGUCUCGAAAGGACACACAGAUAAAGUUAAACGGAAGACGCAUUGAGCUUGGCGAGAUCGAAUCUAACUGCUUGGCGGGCCUUCCAGCGGACUCACAGCUCGCUGUCGAUAUCGUCACUCCUGCCAGCAGCCGGGCCGCAACAAAGUCACUGGCUGUCUUCUUCUGCUGCAAGGUUAUGGAAGAGGCUGCCGAUACACCUGCUGGGUUCUGCCUCCUCCCCAUGAGUGACCCACUCCGUCAGGUUGCCCAAGCCCUCAAGACUCACCUCAUCGCCGUCAUUCCUGCCUACAUGGUCCCACAGCUCUUUGUGCCUGUAUCUGGAAUGCCCUGGACCAGUGCAGGGAAGCUUGAUCGUAGACAACUGCGUCGAGCCAUCGAGGAAGAUGUCAGCAGAGAGCUUUUGGCCGGCUACAGGUUGGCUGCCGCUGCUGCCACCAGCAAGCGCCGCGAACCAGCCAGCGAGGUUGAGAAGAAGUUGCAAGGUUUGUGGGAAACCGUGCUGGGGCUGCCGAGUGGUUCUGUGAGCCUUGACGAUAGCUUCUUUGGUUCUGGCGGCGACUCCCUCACUGCCAUGCGUCUUGUGGGCGCUGCACGCGCCCACAAAAUGGUUUUGUCUAUCUUGGAUGUAUUUGAGAAGCCCACCCUCGCCGAGAUGGCACUCGCUUGUGUUCGGGAACAAAACACGACAACGUCAGUUCAGCAAGCACUUCAGCCAUUCGACCUCGUGCCCUGCCCCAAGACGAAGCUCGAUACCCUUCUCCAUGAGGUGUCUUCCCGUUGCCAUAUGGACCGCCAAAUGAUCCAAGACAUAUACCCAUGCAGUCCAUUGCAAGAAGGACUUGUUGCUCUUGCCAACAAACAAGAGGGUGCAUACGUGGCUGUCAAUACUCUACAGCUUCCACACAACGUCGAUAUGGAUUGCUUCAAGGCAGCCUGGCAGAAGGCUAUCGAUGACACGGAUCUCCUACGAACUCGGAUAGUCCACACAGCCACUUCCGGGUUUCUGCAGGUGGUCACCGCACCUCAGCCUGUCGUCUGGCAUCAAGAUGACCACCUAGACGAGGCUGACUUGCGAGGCAAGGCAUUAGGGCAUCAAAAUGGUGGCGAGCUCACUAGGUAUUCUUUUGUGAAGCACGGCCACGCUUGCCACUUUGUCUGGGCUAUCCACCACGCUCUUUACGAUGGAUGGAGUCUCCCUCUCAUUGCCCAACGAGUCCAAGAGACUUACCGCCAACUUCAAAUGUCCGAAAGAGCCAAACUCUCCUUGCCCGACGAACCCAAUAGCCAUGCUCGCUACGCCAGUUUCAUCCAGUAUUUGGGUCAGCGCGAUGUUUCUGCCUCGGAGAUGUUCUGGACCAACCUCCUUGAUGGCGCAUCGUCGGUUACACAUUUCCCGCAACUCCCUGCAACUGUGGCAUCUAUGAAUACUAUGACGAAGAAAUUCCGGGCAGAGACAUGCAAGCUCAAUCUCGGCCGAGCACAGGUUCUUGCAGACAUCACAAUCCCCACCCUGAUUCGGGCGGCUUGGGCCAUCACCCUCGGCACUUACACUGGGACUGAAGAUGUAAUCUUUGGUGAGACGUUGUCUGGUCGCAAUAUCGACCUACCCGGCGUCAUGGAGAUGCCAGGACCCACCUUCACAACAGUCCCCACAAGAGUUCGGCUAUCACGAGAUAUUCCCGUAGUGCAAUUACUACGCAACAUCCAGGCGCUGACAAGCCGGUUGGCCCCUCACCAACAUCUGGGACUGCAGCAUAUCAAGAAGCUUAACCAAGACUGCGCGGGCGCUUGUGACUUCCAGAAUCUACUGACGAUUCAGAGCUCGCCAUCUUCCCGACAAAACACCGAGUUUGCAGACGUCCCCUGGGACUUUCAAGGGGGGUCUUCCACAGAAGGCUUCUUCACACAUCCGCUUGUGCUCGAAUGCACCGUUUCUGAUGCGGGCAUCCAGGCGACCAUUCACUCAGACGAGGAUGUCCUUUCAGACUGGCAGACCAAGCGCCUUGUGCAGCAGCUCGAGUCUGUUUUGCAAGCACUUGCCAGUGCCUCCAAGAGCGUCAACACCACUCUAGCCAGCAUCCAAGUCAUCAGUGCCGAUGACCAGGCGAUCAUUGCCAAGUGGAACCGCAUCAACGCCCAAGGAGAUAUAGAGCACGUCGUUGACUCGUGUAUUCACAGUCUCUUCUUGAGAGAGGCUUCCGCACAUCCAGACCGCGUUGGAAUCAGUGCAUGGGAUGCUGAACUCACGUACGGCGAAGUCAAAGAGCACGCGACUCGGUUGGCGUUCCGUCUGAGGCAGCUUGGAGUCGGCCCAGAGACCAUGGUCCCAGUCUGUGUUGAGCGGUCUGCUUGGGCCGUAGUCACGUUGCUGGCAAUUCUUCUGAGUGGUGGCGCAUUUGUGCCCCUGGAUCCCGAUCAUCCUGCUGCUCGACACAAGGAUAUGAUAGAGACAGUCAGCCCACCAUUGCUGCUCUGCAGUCCUGCAUACGCCACCCGGUUCCAGCAUCUCGUCAAGACUUGCCUGUUUGUGGACAGCGACAUUAUCCGCGGCCUCCCUUCGGGUGGCUUAGGACUUAUCAAUAAGAAUGGCGCCCGCCCUGACAACACUGCCUAUGUUCUCUUCACAUCGGGCAGCACCGGGCGUCCGAAGGGUGUCGCGGUUGCUCACCGUGAUUUCUGCAGCAGCUCUCGCGGCUACGCCCGCGCAACCCACAUUACGUCGUCCUCGCGCGUUCUGCACUUUGCCUCGCUCACCUUUGAUGUCGCCCUGAUGGAAGUGCUUACGCCCCUGACGCUGGGAGGAUGUGUCUGCGUUCCUACAGGAGAAGAGCGGCUGCAUAACCUUGGCGAGGCGAUUGUAAGACUGCGCGCCACAUGGGCAUUCCUUACACCGUCAGUGGCCCAUUUGCUUGACCCUGAUAUCGUCUGCCCUACGCUCAAGACUCUUGUGUGUGGCGGCGAGGCCAUGUUGGCCGAGACUGUCGAGCGCUGGGCUGAUCGUCUGGAGCUCAUGAACGGCUACGGUCCUACCGAAGCGUCAGUGUUGGCUGUUGUGAACCCCCGUGUUUCAAUGGAGCGUGAUUCAAGCAUCAUUGGUCGCGCAACAGGGGCAGCACGUGCGUGGGUUGUGGAUCCUAGAGAGAACUACAAUCAUCAACUGGCACCAGUUGGAGCUGUGGGCGAGCUUGCUAUUAGCGGUCCACUCCUCGCUCGCGGGUAUCUCAAUGACCCUCAAAAGACAGCCAAAGUGUUCAUCGACAGUCCGGCGUGGGGACGCGGCCCUGCUGCUGGAGCCGUGCCCGCCACUCGUAUCUAUCGCACCGGAGAUCUUGUUCGAUACCGACACGACGGUGCUCUGGAGUUCUUCGGCCGCCGAGAUGGCCAGGUCAAGGUCAAUGGCCAGCGGAUUGAGCUGGGUGAGAUUGAAAGCCGCCUGUCUGUUGAUGAUCGUGUAAGCCUGGCAUUGGUGGUCCAACCCAAGGCAGGGCCUUGCAAACGACAACUGGUAGGCGUCCUCACCCUUGGUGGUGAUGCUCACAGCCAUCCCAACACUGGCGACAAUCAGAAUGGGGACGAGGUCUCCAUCACUCAAGAUUGUUGUCCAGUUGCGGGUUCCGCUGACCGUCUUGCCCGAGUUCGCACUGCCAUUGCCGACAUUCGGAGCAACCUUGGAGACUCGCUCCCGCACUACAUGGUUCCUUCUGUGUGGGUUGUUCUUGAGAGGAUGCCUGUGGUAGUGUCGGGCAAGUUGGAUCGAGUCAAGGUGGGAAGAUGGGUUGAGAGCCUGGAUGACGCGGCGUAUGAACGGAUAUCGCACGACUUUGGGCUUGCAGGGGAGGAUGAAGAAGAGAUCGAGGUGACCGGUCCCAUCAAGACUCUGAGAGACAUCUGGGCCAAGGAGCUCAACAUCCCCGCAGAUCGCAUCAAACUGAACAAGGCAUUCCUUAGUCUUGGUGGCGACAGUAUUACAGCCAUGGGCGUGGUCUCGCGUGCCCGUGUCGCCAAGAUCAAACUGUCGAUUCAGGAUGUUCUUCGCUCCAAAUCUAUCGUCCACCUUGUGGAGCUCGCAAAGUUCUCGCACUCGGAGCCAUCUAGCAACCAAGGACCCAAGGCUGAGAGCGGUGAGGACAAGCCAUUCCCUCUGUCACCGAUUCAGACCUUAUACAUGAGCUCUACCACCAAGUACUCAGGCGACGCACGCUUCAACCAAAGCUUCUCUGUCAGUGUUGCACGGCAUAUCACAUCCGACACCAUCAAGCAGGCGAUCGAGUCGAUCGUUGCACGACAUAGCAUGCUACGCGUGCGAUUCAGUAAGACGACCAGAGGUACCUGGCAGCAACAAGUCCAAAAGAUACAGGCCAAUGCCUACUGCCUCGUACAACACCGGGUCAAUUCUCGCCGUGAUAUUCCUGCCAUCGUGGCUACGGCUCAGAACAGCUUGGAUAUUGAGAGGGGUCCUGUGUUCCGAGUAGAUGUUUUUGACGCCAUGGCUGAAGACGAGACCAUCAUUUCCAUGAUUGCCCACCAUUUGUGCGUCGACAUGGUCUCAUGGCGUAUCAUCGUCCAGGACCUUGGUCAAUUCUUGGAGACGGGUUCGUUGCCACAGGACGAACGCCUUUCCUUCAAGGAAUGGUGCACCAUCCAAGCUGCCAACACCGCAUCACUUGACAAGGACACUCUCCUCCCCUUCAAAGAGGUCCCAGCUGAUCCCCUGUACUGGGGUAUGCGCAACCCUCUGGCAUACGGCACAACGGAGACCAGAGCAUUCUCACUCGACGAGAGAAACACAAAGAUGGCUUUGACUGAUUGCCACAAGACGUUCAGAACGGAGCCAUCUGAGCUGUUCGUGGCAGCUAUUGGCCACGCAUUCUCUAUGGUCUUCCAAGACCGGGUCACACCCACAAUCUACACCGAAAACCAUGGGCGUGAUCAAGCGUCGGAUUCUGAAGUGGACUUGACUCAGACCGUCGGGUGGUUCACGUCGAUCUGUCCUUUGCAUGUGCCGGGCGGGGUUGAUGAGGUAGAUACGGUGCGCAGGACCAAGGACAUGCGACGCAGCAUCCCAGAGAACGGUCGUUCGUACUUUGCCAGGAAAUGGCUGGAUCCUAUCGCCAAUAGAGAAAAGUCGACACCCAUGGAGGUCCUUUUCAAUUACCUUGGAGGUGGUGUCCGGAAUGUCGACGAUGCAGACGACUCGAUUGUGAGGGCAGUCGACCUCGCUGACCAUGAAGGGCUAGUAGCCGAUGUGGGACCCCAAACACCAAGGCUUGCUUUGUUCGAAAUUUCCGCCAUUGUGGUAAACAACAAGCUUCAGUUCAGCUUCGUGUACGACAAGGGCCUUCAGAAGCUCAAUGAUGUUCGCCGUUGGGUUGGUCUCUGCAAACAGAGCCUCGAGAAGAUGGUCGCUUCUCUCGUCCAACAGCCGGCAGAGCCAACCUUGAGCGAUUAUCCCCUCCUGACCCCCCUGACGUAUGGUAACCUCCACAAGCUCAGCCAGACGGAGCUUCCACGUCUUGGAGUGCACUCUAUUUCCGAUGUCGAAGACAUAUAUCCUUGUACCCCUGUGCAGGAGGGCAUGUUGAUUGGGCAGCUACGCGAUGUGAACGCCUAUUUCUUCCAUGGCAUUUACGAUGUCAAACACGCUGACUAUCGUCAUCGGUUGGAUGCUAACAAGCUCCUGCGUGCAUGGCAAAAAGUGGUCGACCGUCACGCUGCUCUGAGAACCGUGUUUGUGGAGAGUAGCAGACGGGGAGCGGUUUUCGAUCAGCUGGUGCUCAACAGGGCAGACUCGGGUGCUGUGCUGUUGAGGUGCAGUGAUGAAGAUGUCUUUGGCCACCUGAGCCAAGUGACAAUUCACGCGUCUGCCAAACUCCGAAAGUCCAAGCGUCAACCUCAGCUCCCACACCAACUGACCAUCUGCACGACUCCAAGCGGCCGAGUGGUGAUUAAACUGGAAAUCAACCACGCGGCUGUUGAUGGCGGUUCCCUUGCCAUCAUCCUUCAAGAGCUUGCUUCUGCAUACAGUGGGUCUCUCGAGCUCCACGCAGGUCCUCUGUUCAGCAAAUAUGUCCAGUACAUCCGCAGUCUACCUGCCGGCGCCGACACCGAGUAUUGGAUGACAUAUCUGAAGGGUAUCCGGCCCUGCCAUUUCCCCAAGCUCAUUGAGGAUACUGCCACCGACAGCUCCAUCGACAGGAGACUCGGCUCUUUGACCCUGCCAUUCGAUCGGUUUUCGGAGCUGCGUCAACUGUCAGAGCAUGCCCACGUCACCCUGGCAAACAUUAUUCACACAGCAUGGGCUUUUGUUUUGCGAAAGUACACCGGAAGCGAUGAUGUCUGCUUCGGGUAUCUGACGGCAGACCGCGACGCCCCGGUUGAUGAGAUUGACAAAACGGUCGGGACUCUGAUCAACAUGCUCUGCUGCCGCAUCCAAGUCACUGAAACCCAGGCGCUUGAAGAUUUGUUCCGUGCGACUCAAGAUCAGCAUUUGCAGAGCGUGUCGUUCCAGCGUUGCUCUCUCGCCCGGGUUCAGCACGAGCUGGGCCUCGCCGGGAAGCCGUUGUACAACACUUCUAUCUCGACACAGAACCAUGGGAACGGGAACGAUUGGGGACGUGGUGAUGGAAUUCGGCUCGAGAUGGAAAAAGCACACGAUCCCAGUGAAUAUGCUGUCACUGUCAAUGUUGACACAUCGAGAAAUAGCGAGGGUGUGGUCUUUCGGUACUGGACUGAUCACAUCACGGCUGAGCAGGCUGAAGAAAUGUCACAAACCAUGGCCAGCAUUCUCAACGCAUUCAUUUCGCAGCCAGCAAAGUCUGUUGCCGCUCUGGACCUGGCCAUCUCACACCGCUCCACUGCCGGAGACCUGGAGCCCGAGAACAUUCCUAGCAGCGGACGGACAUCUUCCAGUGCCGACUCUUUCCAGACUGUCCCGUCGCAAGGACCACGGAGCACUUCGCACAAAACCACACUUCUGAAGUUGUGGAGUGCAUUGCUGGACCUUCCACAAGAUUCCAUCAGCGGGCCAGACAGCUUUUUCGAACUUGGCGGUGAUAGUAUCACGGCCAUGAAGCUGGUUGGUGAAGCCAAGGACCAUGGGCUUGCCCUCACAGUCGCUGACGUUUUCCGAAAUCCAUGCCUGGAUGACAUGGCUGCGAGCGCAAGCGCCGCCGAUACGUACGCUUCAGAUGAGUCAACGGCAAACGGGGCCGAUGGAUUCACCAACAUGACAGCCUCCAUGCUUCAGGAUUCCCACGAAUACGAGCGAUUCUCCCUUCUGGCGGCAUCCAAUGUUGACGCUUUCCUUCAGACGGACAUUGUCCCUCAAACGGGUGUCUUUAGAGGGGGGUUGUCUGACGUUCUUCCCGCCACCGACUUCCAAUCGUUGGCAGUUGCCGGCUCGCUUCUCAAAUCUCGCUGGAUGCUCAACUACUUCUACUUGGAUGGCGAUGGGCUUGUCAACUUGGUCCGCUUGAAACGAGCAUGCUUCCGUCUGGUGCAGUCUCUGGAUAUUCUCCGCACCGUCUUCGUGCCUUCGGGCGGGCGAUUCCUCCAAGUAGUUUUGCGGACAGUUCGACCAGCCUUCCACGUUAUGGAGGUGGAGAACGAAGAUCAGCUCGACACUGCUACACAGGAGAUGCAGAGACGGGGUGGAUUUGAAGGAGAGCUCGACGUCGAUGGGGAGACAACACCACGUCUCGGCGAACAGUUCGUGCAGUUUACGGUUCUGCGCUGUCGCCAAAGCACUCGCCACAGAGUCCUCCUGCGGAUUUCUCAUGCCCAAUAUGAUGGUGUGUGCUUCCCAAAGAUCCUGGAUGUUCUUGUUGCCGAGUAUCGUGGCGAGUCGGUGGAGCGUCCACCAUCUUUUGCAAAUUAUCUACGUGCAUCUGCUGGCACCUUGACAUCGGAACAUUACCAACACUGGAAGAAGCUUCUUCACGGUUCAUCCAUGACCGAAGUUGUCCGCCGCAUGGGGCCAAACUAUCGGAGAGCUGGGACUGGAGCAACCGCCUGUCUGAAAAAGGUUGUUUAUUUGCCCCUUGUGGACUCGGGACGCGUCACCACCGCAACUGUUGUCAAGGCUGCCUGGGCCUAUGUCCUGGCGCAAGUCUCGGCCAGCAACGAUGUGGUGUUUGGCCACACUGUCAGCGGCCGCAAUGCAUCAGUCGCCGGCGUUGAGAGUAUGAUUGGCCCUUGUCUCAAUCUGCUUCCAGUUCGUGUCAAGUUUGGCACGGCCGGCAGCACAGCGAGGAAGGUUCUUAAUCAGGUUCAGGAGCAGCAAGUUGCGAAUAUGCCACACGAGGUUCUUGGCUUCCGUGAGAUUGUUCGCCAUUGCACCAGCUGGCCUCGCUGGACCUACUUCACCACCACAGUCCAACACCAAAAUGUCGACCAAAGCACUCACGUGAGACUUGGCGAUGUUGACUACCGCGUGGGGUGCGCAGCAGGUGCCGACGAAGACUUUUCUGAUCUCUCUAUCUUCUCACAGCGAGCGGAAAGUGAUGGAGCUGAUAUGUACGAGAUAAUGCUCAGCUUUGCCGAAGACGGCCCAGUUCCCCGCGAGUUUGCUGAGCGUGCAUUGGACAUGCUCUGCAGCGCCGCAGAAUUGUUUUGCGCCAACCCCGAUACACCACUGCCGUCGGACACUGAGAUUUCUGGCGCCUCUCAUCAGUUGCCGUUCAACGAUAUUUCCACACAAGACAACGACGAGGGUACUUUUGCUGUAUCCCGCUUGCGACAUGUCAAGAAAAGGCAGAUCGACAACCUCUCUACACUGGUCAAGAAGGCUUGGUUCCAGGUACUGAGUCUGCCAGCGACGGACGAUACCAUUGACAUGGACACAUCUUUCUUCGCCGUCGGAGGAGACAUUGUUGAUCUUGCGCAGGUAGCAUUGCUACUGGAACAAAAAGGUCUGCCGGAGCCCAGGUUAGAGGAUUUGAUUGACCAUGCCACCUUGAGGGGUCACAUGGCUGUCGUUGCUUCUCUAUCUGGCGCGGUCUCAACUACCGAGGACAGGAGAACCACUACGGCUGGGCACCAGGGUGACAGAGCUAGCAUUUUGACGGUGCCUAGUGUCCAUCAGGACGACAACUCGUUUGCCAAGGUGGUGAAUAUUGUGAGGAUGGCGAAGAAGUUCAUGGUUAAGCCUAAGGCUAAAGGACAGAGGGUGCAGGCUGCUAUUUGAGCAGAUGGCGUGGGCAAAUGUUAACGAGGGAAAGAUAAGGGAUGGGAUACUGACCAAGUGAAAAGGGGACAAUGCCCAUGUGGUGAGACAAAGUUGGCAGGUAUUCGGGCAGUUUUUGUUUUUCCACUGUUUUUACAAUCUCUUGAUUUCAGUUGGUAUUUGGAGUCGUUACUUGGAAUUUCUGCAGAUUUUUACAGAACACGAGGUGUUGGGUGGUGUUUAUAUCUAGGUGGUUUUAUUCUCCUUUCAUAAGUUCACUUUCUAGAACCAAACUUGUGCUACUACUCUACUUAUCACUCUCAAUCUUUGUGAACGUUCGUACUGGUACCUACUUGACUUUGUGCCGCCAUCCAAAUGUUGUCCUUUUCAACAGCCCGAUGGCUCUCAGCUCAUUGCAGACAAACGUCAUAUCACCCUCAUUCAACGCUAGCAAAACCUCCCAUUUACCCUCUUGUUCUUUUGUCCCUGCCUGUCGUUCGUUCCCCUGGCGUCGCGGAAGGAUGUUCAUGCUCCCGUCGUUGGCGCUCCACGUUUUCCUCGCCCAGUCUGGCCGGCUGUUGACCGUCCCGAGGAUACUGAACCGGACGUCUGCGCCGAGGAAGCUCCAGGAGGAGUCGAGUCUGGUUGUUUACUGCUGGACUGUGUUUUGGUGGGCUAUGGCGAGGUCAUGUGGCGGAGUGGAGGAAAAAGUUGCUAGGUGCUUGGAUAGUGAGGGUGAUGUUGGGAUCGGUGGAGGUGCUGGCGGUGAUGGAUUGGAUGCUGUAGCGGAUUUCGGAGGGCGGCGGUGGCGAUUUGUGCAAUAUUGGAAGGGAUUUGGGGUUGAUGGUCGGGUGAGGAGGGAGCAACAGGCUUUGACGGGGGAAGUUGAAGGCCAUGAGGGUGAGAUGUACUGGGAAUUGACUGUGGAGGUGGGAUUGCUCUGCUGUUGAAGUCCUUCUUAAGAUUGAUGCAGCUUCCGGUUUCGGAUGUGACGGGCAGCUUAGGGUCACCAGGAAUGGUUUCGAGCACUUGAAGUAGACUGAUUCCAUCACAAACAGUGUGAUGUGAGGCAAUACAGAGAAGCAAAC